GAGUGCAGCUGAGGGUACCCGUACACACAAGCAAGGAGAGACGGGUUGGGGGGGGUCAAAGUCCGACGUACGCUUUCGGCCGAUAUCUAUUGUUGAGCUCUUGUUGACGCAAACCAAGCAGUCAGUCCCCUGCUGCAUUCCGCACAGCUCCAGGGCAAAUCCGAACCAAGCGGUGUGUUUCAAGUCAAGUUUCAAGUCGCGGGUCUGCUGCUGCCCCGCUGCCCGUACAUUUCGUGUGCCAACGAUGAGAGGAUUCAUGGGAAGGGCCGCUUGCUGCAGCUGCGUCGUUGCUGCCACUUCCACCGCCGCCGCCGCUGCUGCGAUGCCUGUACGCAACGGGAAGGCGGCGGCCGCAGCUUUUGUUUCCGCACAACCCACACUAGAGGCGGGGCGGCAGCAAGCGUGGUCUAACCCUUGGGUGACUAACUACGCUGGUCGGCGGCAGCGUGUCGCCAGCGCCGCCGUGCGCAUGGUGGCGACCGACCCGGGAACAGCCACGGCCGAGAUCAAGCAGCAGCAGCAGCAACAGCAGUCCGGAAAGGGAGAGGGCCCCCCGCCGCCGGCGCGAGUAAACGUCCAGCCUAGUCGACAUGACAUCGAAACCGGGCGCGAUCCCACCCGAGUGAAAGUCUUCGACACCACCCUGAGGGAUGGGGAGCAGAGUCCAGGCUGCACCAUGACAAGGGAAGAGAAGCUCAUGGUGGCAAAGCAGCUGAGCAAGCUUGGAGUGGAUAUCAUCGAGGCAGGGUUUCCUAUCGCAUCGCAAGGCGACUUCGAGGCGGUGCAGGAGAUCGCUACAGUGGUCGGCCAGGGCGACAACCCUCCAAUUAUUUGCGGCCUGGCGAGGGCCCUAAGGAAAGACAUCGACGUGUGCGCGAACGCGGUGGCGCCAGCUCGGUUCCCCCGCAUCCACACCUUCAUCGCUACAUCGGACAUCCACAUGAAGCACAAGCUCAAGAAGUCCAGGGAGCAGGUCCUGGAGAUCACGCGGGAGAUGGUGACGCACGCCCGCUCGCACGUGGAUGACGUCGAGUUCAGCGCCGAAGACGCGCUUCGCUCCGACUACGACUUCCUUUCUGAGGUUUACUCUGUCGCGAUUGAGGCCGGGGCGACAACCAUCAACGUCCCCGACACGGUUGGAUACACCACCCCCAAGGAAUUCAUGGGGCUGAUGCAUCACCUACGCGGGACUGUCAGGGGCGUAGACAAGGUGACCAUCUCCGUUCACGGGCACGACGACCUGGGCAUGGCCGUGGCCAACUUCAUGUCCGCCAUUGAAGGAGGAGCCCGCCAGGUGGAGUGCACGAUCAACGGGAUCGGAGAGCGAGCAGGCAACGCCGCGUUGGAAGAGAUCGUCAUGGCCCUGCACGUUCGCAAGGCCUAUUACAACCCUUCCUUCGACCGCCCGGUGCUGUCGGAGACGGCAUUGACCAACAUCAACACCAAGGAGAUCGUCAAGUCUUCCAAGCUCGUGUCCUCCAUGACAGGCAUGAUGGUGCAGGCGAACAAGGCUAUCGUUGGAGCAAACGCCUUCUCGCACGAGUCUGGGAUUCACCAGGAUGGUGUCUUGAAAAACAAGGAAACCUACGAGAUCAUGGACGCUGAGCUGGUCGGCCUCUACCAGGACACGUCUCUCGUGCUCGGGAAGCACUCUGGCAGGCACGCCUUCCGCUCCCGCCUUCAGGAGUCGGGCUACUCGCUGACGGACGACGAGCUGAACCGCGCGUUCCUGCGGUUCAAGGACCUUGCCGACAAGAAGAAGGAAAUCACCUCCCUUGACCUCGCCUCCAUCGUGAACGACGAGAUCCGAGACGUGAACAUCAGGCGCUACGAGCUGGUCGGGAUGCAGGUGGCGGCCGGAACCACCAACAAGCCGACGGCAACGUUGACUCUGUACGACACUGACCUGGAGAAGGAGGGGUGUGUUGCCGCCAUCGGCACCGGUCCAGUGGACGCGGCCUACAAGGCCAUCGACGACAUCGUGGGGACCAAGAGCACGAAGCUGUUGGAGUACUCGGUGGCAAGCGUGACCGCCGGGAUCGAUGCUCUAGGAGAGGUGACCGUGCGUGUUCAAGACGAGCUGUCGAAGCGAGAGUACAUCGGGAAGGCGGCGGACACGGACGUGAUCCAUGCGUCUGCCGAGGCCUACCUGCACGCGGUAAACCGUCUCCUCAGCAACAGGGGGCAGCCGGACAAGGCCCACCCACAGAAGGACGUAGAGUGAGUGAUUGUAGCUGACUAUGAUGGUAUGAAGGGUUGACGAUGAUUAUCAUCAUGAAUGAAGGAUUGUCAAGCUGACUAUGAUGGUGAGGUGAUGAUGCAUGAAGGAUUGCAGUUGACGAGACGAUGACGAUGAUGAGUGAAAGACGCCCCGCCUCGUCACCGGCCCGGCGGCCAUGCCCUGUACUUUCGGCGCCUUGCAUGCAUGAACACAACGCAAUAGAGAAAGCGUUUCGUGCUUGCACAGAGUUUUACGUCAAGAAGGCUGCGUUGCGUUUCGAGUUUUACAGUAUCAAGACUGCGUUGACGACAGAAACGCGGCGUGAAUUACACGGAGGUCCAACGGCUGUGUUGUAAGCCCGCGUGUUGUUGAAGUGACGUAGCGACGAUCAUCUGUUGUGUUACAAAAGUUGACGCGGCGGGGUUGCACGGGAAAGAUGGCGUCGGCCGCUUUGACGAGACGGUUCUCCGUGUGGGCUCGGCCGAAGCGGAAAGAACCGCAACAAUGCCGUGGGAAUCAUGGAUCGAACCGGUGGUGAUGCGGUUUUUUUACCUGGCGGGUGCUCUGGUGUUUUACGUCCUACCUCUCGAAAUGCCACGCGAAAGCUUUGUCGUGGAUGCUGGUGGCCUGCCGCUGAUUGACUGACUUUUUACGACCAAGUCCUUUCGUCGGUACUUGCGCUCAGCGAGGAACGGAAUCAAUGUAGUUAGUUGUGGAAGACGUAGGGCUUCGUAUUUUGUUCCGAAUGUCAGGGUUUGCUUCUUGUUCGUUCGUGGCGGCGGCUAGGAAUUGUUUCUUGCUUGCGACCGGCGUGAACAGGCUUGCGAAACAGAUGAACGCUGUGUGUUGCGCUCAGACGUUUUGUCCCAGAAGGCGUUUCGAAAGCGUUGCCGUAGAUGUUUAACGAGAGUCCCCAGCAGAGUGAAGUGAUCCCUCGAAUCGAAUUGUUAUUCGUAUCUGUCGGCGGGCCCUGUCUGAUGUCCCCUACUUGUGGCGGAAGUAUCAGGUCGAAGAAUCAGGGGCCGGAGUAGAAGUAACAAGGAUUCGGGAUUUGGGUAGGUCCCGCGGAAUGAGACUAGAUUCUUUCCCCUAAUGAGCUUUUUGCAUCGCGAAGCAUCGGUCAAUCGUAGAGAACUUUAACGGUUGCCGACCCAUGGCAUGAUGGUGGCUGUGUCAUGCCGAACACCAUGGUAGGUUCUUACAUCUGCAAACAUUCAGCAGUGCAUUGGCUCCUUUGAUGGUAUAGUGUGUGCGUUGCCUCACUCACCC